AUGUCCAAUAGUGAAAACAGUGUUCAUAUCAAAAGACCCAUGAAUGCUUUCAUGGUCUGGUCUAGAAUAAGACGUAAACAUAUCUCAAACGAUUAUCCACGUCUUCACAACUCAGAAAUUUCCAAACUUCUGGGUGCAGAAUGGAAAGUUUUACCUGAAGCUGAAAAACGACCAUUUAUAGAUGAAGCCAAAAGACUCAGAAAUCAACACAUGAUCGACCAUCCUGAUUACAAAUACAGACCAAGACGCAAACCUAAAUUAGAACCAAAAGAUAGCAGAUUUUUUGCACAAACUUUUCCGGCUGUCGAUCCUUUGCAAAAAGCUUUCAGUAAAGCUUUUUACACACAAAACAUUUCAAAUGAAUAUGAGGCACUUUCCAGUCCUGGUAUGGGGGACCAGAAAAUAAAUGUCUGUUUUAGAAACAUAGGAAAUGAUUUUGAGUCGAAUUAUCAAGCACCUGUUGGUUUGCCACCUGAACCCAUUAUGCGUUUGCCUUAUUCCACAUGCGAUUAUACAGGGAGGCUCCAAGAAAUCGAAAAAGUGAAUUUUCAGACUUUGCCACCUUAUACGUCUUUGGCUGGUGGUGUCCACCAGCGAGCUUUGCUCCGGGCUGCAUCAAUUUACGCUUAUCACGAUUUGGCUGGAAAUUCUCUUCCUGUUUAUUUCCCGUCUCUGUAA